UCCAAGAACAUCAACAAAGAGAUACAAACCACAACAAUUAAGGGACUCAGCGGUAAAAUCAGAACAUGUGGCGAUGGACGUCCUAAUCAAAACUCCUGCCAACAAUGCGCCCAAAAUCGUGGCACAAGACAAAGACACCGGCGAUGUGUACUGCAGUGUGAAUAAGGUUACUGUUAAAGAACUUGGAGCUCUUGUGGCCUCCAUGGACAGGGGAUAUUACAUUGAUGAGUUUCAGAAACUUCCUGAAGGAAUCCUAAAAACAUAUCAAGAUGCAAUGAGGCCAAAAAAUCGUUUUAGAAAUAGAUAUCAAGACAUCUACCCAUACGAUGACAAUAGAGUAAAACUGAUGGGCGGAGAUACGGAUUUUAUCAACGCCAGUUUUGUAGACGGAUACAAACAGGAAAAUGCAUACAUUGCAUCUCAAGGUCCAACACAUAAGACCAUGCAGGACUAUUCGGUGUUCUGGCGGAUGGUUUGGCAGAAUAAAGUGGGCAAGAUCGUCAUGCUCACCAAUUUAGUGGAAGAAAUGAAACCGAAAUGUGACCAAUACUGGCCAGGCCAUGAACUCACCAAUCAUUACAACGAGAUAGACGUGACGUGUUUAACUGAAGACAUUUACGCCGACUUCGUGACGAGAACGUUUUCAGUGAAAAUGGAUAAAGAGGAAAGGACUGUCCACCAUCUUCAUUUCACCAGCUGGCUGGACAAAGGGGUUCCUGAUGAUGUAACUUCCCUGGUCGAUUUCCGUCACAGGGUUUUACAAACAAAAUCGUCACUUGGUGGACCUACAAUCGUUCACUGCAGUGCUGGCGUUGGCAGGACGGGAACGUACAUAGCGAUGGACGUGUUGACAAGAGAGGGUGAAGCGGAAGGAUCCGUUGACAUUCAUGGCUGUGUUACCGCACUAAGACAUCGGCGUACGCAUAUGGUUCAAACGGCUGACCAGUAUGCUUUUUUGCACCAUGCAAUUGUGCACACGUUGGUGUUAGACAGUUCUCCCGUGCCAAUGGAUGGAUUUGCAGCCUACAUGUCGGACUCGAAGAACAACCGGAGGCUAAUCAAACAGUUCAAGCAACUGGAAGUUAUCUCUGAAAGAUCUGAACAAAAGAGACAAACAUCUGAGAGAAACGUAUCCUUAACGAAUUCCAACAGGGAGGGCGUUGACAUUCCAGGUGAAUUGUACAGACCCAGACUGUAUUUAGGUAAAGAACCCGGACAGGAUUAUAUCAACGCCAUGUUUGUUAGUAGCUACAAACAAAGACAUAAUUUUGUUCUGGCGAUGACUCCACUAGAAGAGACUGUGGCUGACUUUCUUUGUCUAACGAUGCAAGAAACAGCAACAUGUAUCGUUGAUAUGGAGACAGAUAGUUCCUUGUACAUUCCCACGUUGAGCACACAGGCAAAGUUUGGUUCAUUCACCGUAGACAAUCUGCAACAGACCUCAUCAAUGUGCAGUGUCAACCGUGUGCUUAGAUUAAGCUACAACGGCCGGGGAGGACCUAAGGAACACACGGUUUCACACUUCAGACUAAUUGGAUGGCCAGACAAUGCGGAUGUUCCCGAGUCCACCACACACUUCUUGCGUUUUGUUAAGGCAGUAAAAACAAGCGCAGCAUCUGGAUCUGUCAUUGCACAUUGCAAGACUGGUGGCGGACGUUGCGGCCUGUUUGCGACUGUUUGGACGCUUCUGGAGAAAACCGCCAUAGAGCACGAGGUUUCGGUGUUUAACACAGUUCGUCAGCUGCGGGCGAGACAGCCAAAUGCCGUAAGGACUAGAGAGCAGUACGCAUUCUGUCACGAGUGUGUCAUCGAGUAUCUGCAAUCAUUCGACAGCCACUCUAACUUCUCGUAACAGUUCAAUAUGUGUAAAUCGGAACUACACGGCAAUUUUCAAUCAAAAACAACCUCGGGUGUAUAUGGACAGUUUACAAUGUCAGAAUUCUUUACAUUUCACUACGCUGCAUAUAGUUCGCGUAGUAAUUUCAAUUAAGCAGUUAAACCUACGGACCAUACUUUUAGGAAUAUUUAUUAUGUAUGCAAUAAAACAAUUCAGUGGGAAUCACUUUGAACUUAAAAAUACAUUCGUAAGUUGUUUCGAUGGAAAAUG